CGAGGCUUCGCGGGGCCGAGGUCACAUGGGGCUCGCUGGGCCUAUCAGCGCGGCGAAGCCUGGAGCCGCCGAGGCUCCCGCCAAAUACGAGCGGGAGAAGCUGGCGCGCCCCGGUCCUUGCGGCCGCCGGGGGAGGAGCCAGGGCUGCGCUCCGCGGCCGGGAUAUGGCAGCCAUGGAGUGCAGAGACAAACCAGUUAUUCCCACAAGGAAGCUAGUACAAGCACGGUUGCCUUUCAAGCGUUUGAAUCCUGUACCAAAGGAGAAAUAUGACACAGGAAUGGAAGUCAAGAAAGCAAAGAGCUCACAAGAUGUUGGUCAAAAUAAAGAUUCCAAUCUAGAUCUGUCACAUGGAUCCUUGGACAAUAUGGAGAAUGACUGCCAGUUGGAUUCUGAAAUGCAGUUCACUCCCAAACUUGUUAACGGAAAGGGUCCGUUAGAUAACUUUGUACAGAAAAACAUGAAAAAUAACAUGAGAGAAACUGUACUCAUAUUUGACUUGACAGAGGACUCUAACCACACACUAAGUGAUGGCCUAGACCACAGUAAAUUAAAUUCAGAAGCAUCUUCCUCUGUAGAGACAACUAAUGGUAUGAUAGAAGAUACAAACCAGUCAACUCCAUUAAAGCCUGUUCAGAAUGCCCAAGUGGAUGUUUCAAUGGAUACCAAUCCACCUUGUGACGCUACUGCAAAUAAGGAUGAAGACUCAAUAGAUGUAACCAAAUCCUGUUCUGAAUUAUCAAAUACACAGUGUAAUAAUUUGGAGAAUGAGAGUGAACUCAAGGGUGUUAUAUUUGAGGGGAAGAUGCCUGUAGUAGUUCUGGAGGAUAUUAUGACUGUGAGAUCUCCCCAUGUUGUGUCUUUGGAAGGAAGUAUGACCUCAGAAAGUGAGACAAUGGAAUCUUCUCCUGAAGGAGACUCUAUACUUACUAAUUCCUCAUUUAGCUCCCCCUCUUCUACCAGCUCACCUGAGGCACAGCGUAUCCCACAGAACAGGAGUGAUACUAGUCCUUUAGCUGCUUCAAUACCUGUUCGGAAGGUGUAUCAGAAAUUCCUGAAAAGUUCUGCGGAGAAGGAGAAGCUGAGAUUGCAAAGAGAUCAAGAACGUGCAGAUAAGCUGCAGAAGUUGCAAGCAGAAAAGGAGGAAAAAGAGAGGCUGAAAGAAGAGGCAAAAGCCGCAAAAGAGCGGGCCAAGGAAGAGGCAAAGAAGAAGAAGGAGGAAGAGAAAGAACUGAAAGAGAAGGAAAGGAGAGAGAAAAAGGAAAAAGAUGAAAAGGAAAAGGCUGAGAAGUUACGAGUGAAGGAGGAAAAACGCAAGGAGAGACAGGAAGCUUUAGAGGCAAAACUUGAAGAGAAAAGGAAGAAAGAGGAGGAGAAACGGUUAAAAGAGGAGGAAAAGCGCAUUAAUGCACAGAAGGCAGAAAUCACCAGGUUCUUUCAGAAACCAAAGACUCCACAAGCCCCCAAGACCCUUGCUGGCUCCUGUGGGAAAUUUGCUCCCUUUGAAAUUAAAGAGAACAUGGUCCUGGCUCCACUCUGUCGUGUUGUCUUUGAUCAGGACCUCUCAGAUCAGUUAGAUCAGCUCCUACAAGCACAGAAUAAUGACAUUUCUUUCUUGGAAGAACUAAAGUGUCGCAAGCCACAUAAAACUGGACCUACCAUUGUCUGUUACCGCAGUGCUGACGUAGUCAACAGUGAUGUGGUGAUAGUGGAUAGCUGCAAAAUGGACAAUGUUCCUGAAAGGAAGAAAUUUGGCAGGAUGAAACUCCUACAGUUUUCUGAGAAUCAUCGACCUGCAUACUGGGGCACAUGGAAUAAGAAAACCACUGUCAUUCAUCCCAGGAAUCCCUGGUCAAAGGACAAUAAACUGCUCGACUAUGAGAUAGAUAGUGAUGAAGAGUGGGAAGAGGAAGAACCAGGAGAAUCUCUCUCUCACAGUGAAGGGGAUGAUGAUGACGAGGGAGGAGAAGAUGAAGAUGAUGAUGAUGGCUUUUUUGUACCCCAUGGGUACCUAUCUGAGGAUGAAGGAGUGACAGAAGAGCAUGAUCCAGAGAAUCAAAAAGUUCGUCAGAAGCUGAAAGCAAAGGAGUGGGAUGAACUGAUAGCCAAGGGGAAGAGGUUCCAUGUUCUUCAGGCUGUGAAGAUUGGCUGCAUCUGGGAAACAGAAGAAAGCAAAAGCAGUGCAGAUGCAGACCUAAAGGUGCUUCAGCAGUUUGCAGUUUGUAUUCUGGAUUCAUCUGUUGCUGAGGAAGAGCAGAUGCAGAAGACUAGCAAAAAAAGGACAAAAGACCAGCAAAUCCUGGGACAACUGCUUCCGCUGCUCCAUGGGAAUGUCAAUGGAAGUAAAGUGAUCAUCCAGGAAUUCCAGGAGUGUUGCCGCCAAGGACUGUUCAGUGAAGUGGCCCUUGCCCCAGAUAUUAGUGAUGCUAGUCCUACAAGUCCCAACACUUCCCGCCCGCAGACUCCAGUCAACGAGGACUCUGCUAUCCCUUCCAAAGCCAGACUAAAGCGAAUAAUUUCAGAGAACUCUGUGUAUGAGAAGAGACCUGAAUAUAGGAUGUGUUGGUAUGUCCACUCAGAGGUGCUGAAAAGCUUUGACCAAGAGCACCUUCCUGUUCCUUGUCAGUGGAACUACAUCACGCCACUCCUUUCUGCAGCCAAGGAGGACAAUAGCAGUGUACCAGGAGUGACAGUGAUACAAACCACUCCAGUUUCAGCAAAGAGGAAGUCAACAGGAAGCAUGUCUAUCACCAAGUUCAUGAAAAAACCUAGGGAUGCAGAACAGGCUGAAGCUGUGGAAAUGGAUGGGUUCCAGGCCGACACUGAAGAAGAGGAGGAAGAUGACUGCAUGAUUGUGGACGUACACCCAGGGAAAGAUUCUACAUCUGCAAUUACUGAAACUACUUCAAAAUCAGAUGGUGCAAUGGAGAUUGUCCCCGUGCAGGCAGCUAUUGCAGUUGGUCCAUCGAACACAGUUUGAUACUUAACACCUACUAACCCCUCUGGAUACUACCAGUGAUGACUGUUCUGUGCGGGGAGGGAGAGAAUGUAUGUAAGGUGAUAUAGGCCAGUGUUUCUCAAUGACUGGUCCAUGGGCUGGCACUGGUCCCUGACACUAAGAAGGCAGCAAGUUGGUCCCUGGCAUCAAAAAGGUUGAGACACACUGGUAUAGGCUGAAAACAGCUGAAUCCGGGUGAAGAGACUGAAGUGUCUGACAUACAGAUUUUGUUUUAAAACCCUGAUUACCUAUAUAAUUAGGCUUGGCAGAAUUUGAUUUUAUCAUUUUGAUUGUUUAUUUAAGCUUUAUUAGUUUAAAUCUUCAGUUGUGCAAAAUUGUGGGUUUUAAGCAUUUUUUCAAUAUUUUUAAUUAUCAAUUUAAGUGCUCACAAUUGUGGGAAAUUUAUGGGGGAAUAGAAUUAUUUAAUGACACAGAUUCAAAACGUUAAAGCUUUAAUGGUUAAAACAUAUUGUCAACAUGUCAAAAUAUACAAAGUAAAUGUCCUUAAAUCAAACUCAAGUUCUCAAGCAGCAUUUUUCUUCAGUUAUGAAUAGAAAUAUUUUCUUUGGUUUGUGUAUAGUGACAUUGUUUACUGAUUGAAUCCUUCCAAGCCUACACAUAAUCAGUGAUGUAUGCAUUUUUUUUGCAUAUACAACUUCAGUGGGAGCUGAGUGUAGAUCUAAGGGACUCCGCUAACACAAAUUUAGAUAAGCUAUCUGAACUUUCAAGCUCUAUGCAUCUCAUGAUCUGAUUGCAAUUUGAAAGUCAGUGCUAUAAUAUGUUGACUCUAGGUAGGUGGGUAAACGUAUACUCUGGCAAUCUCCAAAGUAUAUGAGGGAUAAUUUGACUCUGCAUACAGGUUUUUUUGCUUGAUUUCUGCCAGACUACCUACUUGUCAUUGACUACAGAGGCUUCAUAGAUAUUUUUUUUUCUAAUGGCUAAAAGGGACUGUUAGAGCCUUCUAGUCUAAGCUCCUCCAAAACAGACUAGAAUUUCUUCCAGUAAUUCCUGCAUUGAUUCCCAGUAACUUGAACUGGCAGAUCUGUGUAAAAAAACACUUGAGUAAUGGAGAAUGUUAAUGUAUUUUCAGUUUCAAUUUGUCUACCAGAUUAGCCCUUCUAGCACUGGUUCUCUUUGCCCUGUGUAUGUAUUUAGACUGAUCAAAUUGCCUCUUUCAUAAAGAACCGUCACUGGAAAGUAUGGUCCAGCAUUCAGAUAA